AUGACGUCUUUAGCUCGAUACCUCCGCCCACUUGUGAUACAACGAGGACCGCUUGUGAAAUCUGGUCUGGUGAUCGGGACCACACUCGCUUCCUCAUCUUCGACCUCAGCUUACCGGAGGACAGGUGAGAUAGGUAGGAGAAAUUACAAUUCGACACCUGUUGUAGCAGCGACUGUACAGGAUGGACCUGCUCUGACACAGACCAACCGAGCCGAAGUAACCCUUAGGAGAUUUUGGAAGACUGUUCAUAUCAAACAAGAUGAAUCUGGACAAUUCCAAAUAACGUUGGAUCAAAGAGCACUGAAGACUCCUGGAGGAGCGAAACUAUCUAUACCAACCCAACGGAGAUUAUUGGCUUUGUUGAUAGCGAACGAAUGGGAAAAUCAAGAUGAAGUGUUGAAACAGCAUGCUUUGCCAGUUACUUCGUUGGCUUCGAGAGCAAUUGAUGGAUUAGGUGAAGGCGCUAUAAGGUCAGGUGUCAUUGAUCAAAUGAUGAAAUACCUAGACACAGAUACUAUCUUAUAUCACAGCGAUACUCCUCCAACUCUCGUUAAAAUGCAAAAACAACAUUGGGAUCCAUUGUUUUCAUGGUUGCUUGAAGAGUAUAAUGUGACUUUGAAUCCAGCAGAAGGGUUCAGUUCACCCAAACAGAGUGAAGAAGUAAAAUCAAAGUUGAAAAACGUACUGGAGGAAAUGGAUGGAUGGGAAUUAGCAGCUUUCGAAAGAGCUGCUUAUGCUUCCAAAUCAUUCGUUAUCGCGUUGGCACUGUGUAAGGGUAAACUUUCGGCCAACGAAGCUGCAGAUGCAAGUCAUGUGGAAGUGAGAAGUCAAAUCGAAAAAUGGGGUGAAGUGGAGGAUACACACGAUGUGGACUAUCAAGAUAUCCGAAGGGCAUUAGGAAGUGUUGCUUGUACAUUGAUCAAGGCAUAA